AUGGCUUCAACAUCUUCACAAUCACCACCACCGCCACAGCCGACGACGGCGACCACCGCAUCCGCCGACCCCUCCCUGCCAUCGCCGCAGUCCGCCUCCUUCGAGCCCAGCGACCAUGCCAAGGCCUACCUCGUCAACGACCCCCAGCGCACGGGCUUCGACCCGCAGACGAGCUGGUGGAUGAACUACUUCCGCAUCCUGUCGGGCCAGAUGACCAAGGAGGGCAUGCACCACUACCGCGAGUGGCGCUACAGGGAGCACGAGGCCCGCGACUGCGCCGCCUGCGAGCGCCACCGCGACUACCUCUUCCGCUACAGCCCCAUCAUCCGCUUCAUGGCCGAGAAAGUCGACGCGCUCAACGGCAAGCUCGACGCCUCCAACGUGCUGUGCCGCCGCUGCCCGGGCAUCAUCACCGAGGACGGCACCGUCGUGCGCAAGGGCGGCGGCUUCGACCCCAACUACGGCAUCCUCAUCUGCGCCAACGAGGUGCGCAACCGCAAGCACCUCGAGGACACGCUGGCGCACGAGAUGGUGCACGCCUACGACCACCUGAGGUGGAAGGUCGACUACAGCGGCAAGAACCUGAGGCACGCGGCCUGCAUGGAGAUCCGAGCAUCCAUGUUGAGCGGCGAGUGCAGGUGGACCAGGGAGGCCAUCACAAGGGGGCACUGGACGCUGACGCAGCAGUUCCAAAACUGCGUGCGCAUGCGGGCCAUCCAGUCCGUCAUGGCGCGCCCGCACUGCAAGGACGACGUGCAGGCGACCAAGGUGGUCAACGAGGUCUGGGACUCGUGUUUCGCCGAUACCCGGCCGUUUGAUGAAGUAUACAAAUGA